UCAAUUUUCCGCAUCUUAUCGUUGUCGUCACGAGGCUCUCGAGAAACUGCGUGAACGCGCUCGUCGGCUUUCUUGGCGCCAUUCAAACCCUACAUAUUGAGCUCCUGGCCUCUGGUUGUGUUGUUGGGAAUCGGUUAAUGGCGAUUAACGAUGCUGAGAGUUGUGAAAGCCGGGCUUUGCCGGAGAAACCCUUGCAGUAUCAGCGGCAGAACAGCAAGUUCGGUGUUUACAAGGAGGUUCUCCGCCGGCUGAUGGAAUCUGGUUCCCCUGAGGUUUUGGCUCCUUCGUUCAAGGAGGAGCUCUGGUCCCAUUUCAAUCGCCUACCAGCCCGUUACGCAUUGGACGUGAAUGUAGAGAGGGCGGAAGAUGUCUUAACCCACAAGAGAUUGCUACAGCAGGCUCAAGACCCCGUCCUUCAGCUUGCUUUUGAUAUUCGGCUUGUUCAGAUGCCUCGGGGAGAAUCCUUUGGUACUAAUUCACAGUCGGAAGAAGAUACAUGCAUUCAUCCUCCUCCAACAUUUGGUUCAUCAACAAAUCUUGAGAUUCUUGCACUUGAAGUCAAUGAAGAACAUGUUCAAGAUAUGGACAGUGCUUCAAAAACCAUGUCUAACUUUUCCAGACCCAUGCAUGAAGUUACAUUUUCAACUAUGGACAAGCCAAAGCUUCUCAGUCAGUGUUUCAGCAUUCAUCCUCCUCCAACAUUUGGUUCAUCAACAAAUCUUGAGAUUCUUGCACUUGAAGUCAAUGAAGAACAUGUUCAAGAUAUCGACAGUGCUUCAAAAACCAUGUCUAACUUUUCCAGACCCAUGCAUGAAGUUACAUUUUCAACUAUGGACAAGCCAAAGCUUCUCAGUCAGUUGACAACCCUGCUUUCUGAGGCCGGGCUUAACAUCCAAGAAGCGCAUGCUUUUUCAACAAACGAUGGCUACUCAUUAGAUGUCUUUGUCGUUGAUGGCUGGCCUGAUGAGGAAACCAGUCAUCUCAGAGAUGCACUGCAGAAGGAGAUUCAUAAAGUUGAGAAAGAAGCUUGCAUGCCGCCUAGGCAGUGGCCACCCAAAAACGAAAAUUUGCAGUCAAAGAAAGGUUUUCAGGACAAUGUCAAAAUUCCGACUGAUGGGACUGAUGUUUGGGAGAUUGAUACUAGACUUCUAAAAUUUCAAAAUCAAUUGGCAUCUGGGUCUCAAUGUAAUUUAUACCGAGGCACAUAUUGUAGUCAAGAAGUUGCUAUUAAAGUCUUUAAGCCCGAGCAUGUUAAUGUGGAUAUGCAGCGUGAAUUUGCACAGGAAGUCUAUAUUAUGAGAAAGAUUCGCCACAAAAAUGUUGUUCAAUUUAUUGGUGCAUGUACGCAACCACAUAGCUUGUUCAUUGUUACAGAAUUCAUGUCUGGAGGUAGUAUAUAUGACUUUCUUCAUAAGCAGAAAGGAUCCUUCAAGCUUCCAACUCUGCUUAGAGUGGCAAUUGAUGUUUGCAAGGGAAUGUGCUAUUUGCACCAAAAUGAUAUCAUACACAGGGACCUGAAGACUGCCAAUAUUUUAAUGGAUGAAAAUGAGGUUGUUAAAGUUGCAGAUUUUGGUGUUGCACGAGUUAAAGCCCAGUCUGGUGUUAUGACUGCAGAAACAGGAACAUAUCGGUGGAUGGCUCCAGAGGUCAUAGAACACCUUCCUUAUGAUCACAAGGCCGAUGUAUUUAGUUUUGCUAUAAUGAUCUGGGAGCUUCUAACAGGGAAGCUUCCAUAUGAGUACUUGACGCCACUUCAAGCUGCAGUUGGUGUGGUGCAAAAAGGUUUGAGACCUACCAUUCCAAAGCAUACGAACCUGAAACUUGCCGAGCUGCUCGAGAAAUGCUGGCAGCAAGACCCAGCUUUGAGACCAGAUUUCUCAGAAAUACUGGAUAGACUUCAGCGCAUAGCCAAGGAGGUAAAAGAAGCCUCUGAAGACCGGCGCAAGGAGAAGCCCGGUGGUGGUUUAUUUUCAGUCCUUAGGAGGAGUCAUUGAUUAUUGUUAUCAUUAGUAUUAUCAUUACUAUGUAUAUGCUCCGACUAGCUGUCUUCCAGCCUAUUAUAUUUUGUUCCCUAGGACUGUAUAGUGCCUGUUUUUUUAUUGUUUAGAUU